AUGAGUUCGCAAGAUGGGAAGUAUAAGCCUGUGGAGGAAUUUAUUAAAGAUGUAUUGGCCAUAUGGGCCACGGGGGAGGCCAGGUUUACUCAGGACAAGUUUGAUAGUGGAUUAUGGGAAAAGAUGAAAGCACUACUGGAGGAGUUUGUGGAACAUAUGAAGCACACAAUAGACAAUGAACUCCUCGAUGCAUUCGGGAUCAACUGUGAGAAUGAGGGUUGGGGCUAUAAGGACAAUAGUGACACCCUAUACACGAGCUUCUCCACGGGGGAUGUUAUGAAAUGUAAACUGAUGUCAGCAGCAUUGGCCUUCAUGAAUACGGUGAGAAUGGGCAAGAAUGCAUACAGCGGCAGGAGUCAGAAUGAUCAGGAUAUGAGGGAAAUUUUAGGGUGUGUAGUGGUAAAUAUGUAUAUGAACAUAUUGAGAAAUGCCAAAUGCGGGAAUCCGUGGAAAGGACCGAGUUAUGCCUGGAAGGUGGCGAGAAAAAUGGGAAAUGACGCAGGAGGUGCAGCAUUCAGCAGUGCAAUUACAGACGGAACGUGUACUAAGGAUGCAUGGCGCGCUCUGAAAAUAGGCAAACAGGACAUUCGGAGCGCUGUGGAUGCAUGGUUAAGGGACAAUGCACACAUAAUGGCGGAAAUACAGAAAGCUGAGGCAAGCGCAGAAUGUAACAAACCAUGGAAGAGGGAACGAGGUAUGAAAGAGAGCGGAGGUACUACGCAUGGUAGUGCAGGAGGCAGUGAUGCACACACACAACUUGGCAAGAAGAUAGGACAUAUCGUGGACAGCAUAAUUGUAGGGAUGAAGGAAGACAUAGAUGAAGGGGGAAGAAUGAAUAAGAAAAGGAAAGAGCAGUCCAGGUUAAGUUCUACGGGUACCUCCAACGUCCAGAAGGACACGAGGUGUAAGGCGGGAGUGGACCAUGUUGCACAAGAAGAGUCGGAAGAUGAAGACGCAGAACAGGAGGACACGAAUGGUAAGAACAGUACGAAUACGACUCGCGCUGGAGGAGCGGCGGCCACCAAGCCAGCGACGACGAAACCGGUGGCCACCAAGCCAGCGACGACGAAACCGGAAGUUAAGACCCCCAAGGACUCUGCUGAGGGAGGUAGAGACAAGUCCGCAUCACCACCGAAGAAACCAGACGUACCACCAGCUAAGGUACCAGAGGUACCAAAGAAGGUUGUUCCUGAGAAGAAACCUUCGGAGGGAGGUGCUGGGACACAUGACAGGGCCAGGUCAGAGGGCGGCGCCCAGCGACCAACACAAGUAGUACCAGUAUCAGCGCCUGGGGCGCCCAUACCUACACAGUCGUCACCAGAACCACCUACGGAGAAGAUUUCUCAGGACAACAAGAAAGGGCAGGAAACAGACAAAGCAGGUAAGUGUCCUAAGGCACCAGGGGUUUCUACAGUCAAGAAUGCAGGCGACGGACUACGCGAAGCAACAUCCUUGACAACCGUCUCCUUUGGGUUGAGCCCAGGAGCUGAUGAUGACUGUAAUAAGAAACCUGAUGACACCGGAGCAGGUAGUGUCCUGAGUGAAUAUCCACAACAAACACCACGAGAACAAAAGAAACAACAUUUCCGGCGAGAGAAACCCCGGAGCGCGAGAAACCAAACGUCGACUGCGAAUGACCGGCACAGCCACGGGGCGAGCCAGACUGCCGCGCCCGGUAGUACAACGCCAGUUGCCCCGGGCGAUAAGAACACGCAAUCGGAGGACCCAACCCGAAGUCCUACGCAUGUUGACAGUAGUACAAACGCCGGUGCACAGGCUUCUAACACGGGGGACACCACAGUAACUACGCCUGCCGGAGACGUAGUGCCCCAGAGUCCCUCUGUUCCACCAGGUCCAACAGGUGCAGACGGCAAACCUGCGGAUGCUGUGGUGGACGGUGGCAAUGAUGACCCCCCUACACAGCUGCUACCCCCCAAUCCACCCAAACCAAAACCGAAUCCGAACCCAGAUCAAUCGGGUAGUAGUGGCAGUUUCAGUGAUGCUGAUUUGGCGGAUGGCGUUUCUGGUGGGGAAGGAAAAGGCGGAGGUGCAACUGGUGAAGGUGGCGCACACGGAGGUGGUACUAGUGGUGGUGCAGGGCCUGCCCUCACCCCUGCCACCCCUUCCGUUCCGCCCGGCCUCACAUGGGAAGAUAUUAAGCCGUACACCCCCGCGAUCAUUCCCGCGGUGGUUGGUAUUGCGAUCAUUGCGUUCUUCCUGUGGAAGGUAAUACUUUGCGCACCUCGCCAAACGACGACGAACAUAUCGAACCUUCGUGACGUGCCGUCACCGCCACUCGACGAAGAAAUAUUGCAGCAUUUACAACGCGGCGAACUACCGCCACCCGAUUACGGGUACACGAUGGUUAGGGCUAGGCAACCUGCGUCAAUACCUGGUAGAGGACGCCCACCACGCGUGCAUAAGCGCACCAUCAUCGAGCUACAUCUAGAAGUGUUACACGAAUGUGACGCGACCGAAUGGGAAAACGUCAAAGAGGACUAUUGGCACAUACUCGUUGAAGAGUUUAUGGGGGGCAACAACACGUGUACAAGUAGCUCGGAUGUCUGUACCCCCGACGACGGUUUCGCAACCCAGGACUCAACAACAAACGCCGAUUCACCAACCCUGCAUCCACCCACCUAUUCCGACGGCACGCACGCAUCUGCACCUAACGAAGAGCACCCCGAUCCAUGGAGUUGUAUGGAAACUAUACCGUUAGCAACGGACCCUUGUCCGCCUAACGAAGAGGACCCCGAUCCAUGGAGUUGUAUGGAAACCAUACAGUUAGAUGCAGAACACAAUGCUCAUUCCGACCACACGGAGGCGACCUCGGCCCACGCAUGGCAUACCCACUGGAUUAACUGGAUUGACCGCAACAAGCAUCUAUUGCGCGCGUGCACGACGCAGCCGUGGUUUUUGCAAUUAAAAGCGGAAUGGAAACAAUACCUGCGUGAGCACAUGGUGGCAAACGAGGAUAACGAAGACAACGGGCACAUUGACAACGGUGAAGCGGCCACCCCGCCGAUGAAGAAACUGGACUUGUGGAAACAAUGGGUCGCACAGCAACAUCGGCAAAUGAGUACAUACAAGGACACGGAGUGGUGUCCACAUUUGUUGAAUACUGUACAGGAGCAGACAGUACCGGAACAAGGCGACGCAUCUGCAGUGGAAAAACACUUAGACGUGGAAAAUGUAAUGGCAGCACACGAUAUGCUACGCGUGACAGAUUUACCGCGGUCGCAACCACUGCAUCCGCAACCUUACAUGAAAAAACGGUUAACCGCUAAAAUAUGGAUACUGAUCCUGGCAUUCGUCAUAGAACAGUGCGAAGUUGAACGCAGUUUGCAGGAGAAGGAGUUAUAUGUGGAUGCCCUAUUGCAACAGUGUUCACAUUAG